UUCACAUGAAGGUUGUUACAUACUCCAAAACCCAAAUUGGGUUUUAGACAGAAAACUGAAUAUAAAAGUUUCUAGGUAUAUCUUGAGUCAUUGAUUACCAGAUUUUCACCAUGGGGGGAGCUUGUUCUAGGAAGAGAAACCAUCGAGAUGAUGAAGAUAAUUUUCCUAGAGGGAUUCCCAGAAGAUAUUCAAAAAGUGGGAGUUCAAAGUGCUUGGCAACCGCCUUCUCUCGACCUGCUACAGAUAUUCAACAUGAAAAAGGGCAAUGCCCAUCCCUCAUGGACUUCUACGUACGGCAAAUAUGUGAGUGUGCAAGUGCCAAGGAACUGCUAAAGCACUGCUUUAUUAGGACUGCUAGGAAGAGUCCAAGACUUCUUGAGAGAAUAAGGAUUUUUGGGUGUGAGAACUCUAGCUGGAGAACAAGAGGAUGAUGGACAGUUCUAUUAGAGAAACAGAGAGGACAAGCCUUUUGAGGGCAUGAGAAGAAACUGGUUUGAGGUUAAGAAAAGUGCUAAGCAAGGGCAGAAGGAAGUGGACUAGUACAAUAUGUUUCUGGCCUUGAUGUUUUUGGGCUUUAUGUUUAGGUAGGGUUAUUAU